UACAGCUGUUUCCUCCAUUCUUCACUUCCAUCUCACUUCUGCUCCUAAAGAAACUUUUCUACACCUGUAGAGAAAAGAAACUGAUAAAUGAACGAGUGUGUGGAUCUGUGCAGCUUCUAAGCAGAAAGAAAGGAUGUUAGAAGCUUAUUGGACAGACAGAACACAGAACAGGAAGUGACUUUAUUUAUAUUUAACUGCACGACAUCAGUGUGAAGGAGCAGCACUUGUUCUCAGAGCGUUAGAGAGUGGGUGAGAAAUGGCCAAACUUCUGUCUACAUUUCUUCUACAGAUGCUGUUUGUUCUUUCAGCUUUCUUCACACCGUGUCUCCUUCACAUCACUUCAUCUGACUUCAUAUCUGUCCAUCCUGGAGAGAACAUCACCCUGCUCUGCACCAUCACUGAUUAUCCUGAGAUAUCGUGGUAUCAACUGAGAUCUGACGAGGUGAAGCUGCUGAUAUCUGCUGAACAAGGGAAGCUGGAGAAAACCUUUUCCCUCAUUUAUAUUGUAAAUAAGAGUCACUUUGUUGUAACAGAAAGCAGCAGUUCAGUCAGUUUAGUGAUUAUUGGAGUUGGAGAGACGGAUCUGGGGUUUUAUUACUGUGGAGGACGAAAUGAUGAUAAACACAUUCAGUUUGGGAAACCCAUCAGACUGAACUUCAACAUUACAGAUAAACAUCAUUAUGAGACAGCAGUUUCAGAGCCUCCAGACAUACAGCAGUUUACCGCUCCUGCAUUCUAUGGAAUAAUUAUUAUAAUACUAUCGUGUGUGUGUGCCGUCUCUGUUUUCCUGAACAUCAUCUGCUCCUCUCUGCACUGUUUCAGGCUACAAGAUAAGUUUUCUUCCAGUGGGAACUCAAACAAUAAGGAAGCUGAACUGCUACCAUCUGAGUUCACCUGUGUGACCUACAGAAGUGUCUCCUGAUGACCCUGAACACUUUCAUCAGCACCAGGAUCUCAAUCAGCAGAGAAGCUGUUACAUGACGGAUUAUAAUCUUUAAGAACUCACUGUUACGUAUCAGAUUGUUGCUUUCAUCUGAUCUGUUUAUUUUCUGUAGUUUUGCUCUGCUGUCUCUGGCUCCUGAUGAUGUCCUGCUGUAGAUGGAGUUGAUGAAGAGGCGGAGCCUAUUGUAUAUAAGCAGCUCUUCUUUUUGCUCCUUGUGUGUUAACCUAUCAGCCUUUUUGUCUUAUACCAGAUCACUUAGUUUGAGAUCAGGUGUGACUCUGUAGGUGUUUCUUAUGUUCAUUUCUUUGGCACUGUCCAAGUUCUCCUUCUGUUCCUCUGUGAGUUUAAUUACCCUGUGCCCUCUGGUAUAUUGAGUCAUUCUGCUUGUAGCUCAGAACAAUAAAAGCACUAACCAUACAUCUCAACUCUUGUUCUGUUAAUAUUCACUAUAAAUCCUGUCCAAAUGACCCACAACAUUUAACUGCUCUUGUUCCUGCACUCCUCCUUGGUCCAGGGCCCUGUGGGAAUGUAACACUCACAUGUCCAGUCAUCUACACUGCAAUGUUACGUGGAUUACGUCUCAUUUUCUACACGCUUCUUUUCAUAUUUUGUUCUAUAGACAUGUGAUGUGAUCUGAUGGUCAAUGGAUAUUUUUGUACCUGAUUUCUCUACACAAUGAACCUCUAUAUUUACACACUGUGUCAUUUACACUGAACUGCUCUCAUACCUGCACUAUUAUACAACCACAAUCCCAAAAAAGUUUGGAAAAAUGUAAAUAAAUACAGAAUGCAAUAAUUUAGAAAUCAUUCUGUCACGCCAAGAUGUUUUAAUGCUGCACACGAUGAGACUGAAAGACUAUUCAGAGAUGCUCUGUAAUUAGAAAGACUAUUUCUAAAUAAAAUAACUUUCAUCUUCUCAGAAUUUAGCAGAAGGAAGUCAACAAGAAUCCACUGUCUAAUGUCUUUUCCACAUUCCUCAAGAUUAUUAAACUGGUGUUUCUCGACUGUAUUUACUGAAACAUUUAAUAAAUAAAUAUGAGGCCAAUGUGCUUAUAUGUAAUUACAUGCACACAGUAGUAUUUGUGAUUGUGAAGCAGUGAAGUAAAAGUGCAAAGGAAAUGUUUUAUAUAGGAGCUGAUUUUACUGCAAUUCAUCAAAAACUUUUUACCAGUCAGUCCAGAAUCCAGAAUUCAGUGGUGCUGGUGAAUAAACUUAAAUAAUGUGCUUUGUUAGUAUUUACACUUCUGAAUUCUCAGUAUUAGCUAUUUCCUGUUUCUGUUGUAAGUGUGUGUGGUUUUUAACACCACUGUGUUUAAAUCCGUUGACUGGGCAAACAGCAUGGUGAUGGUGACCUUCAAGUUCAUCAAAGUGCAUAGAAAUAGAAUUGUAGGAAGAUGGCAGAGCAUUUUCACCUUCUCACAUUCGAUUGCCUUUAUUUUACAUAAAUCUGCCUGCAUCUGAUCUGAAUUAUCUGACUGCACCUGUGUGACCUACACAAAUGUCUCCUGAAGAUCCAGAAAACUUGUAUCAGCACCAGGAUCCCAAUCAGCAGAGAAGCUGUUACAUGAUGAACUAUAACCUUUUUAUUACUCACACAGAUUGAAAACUAAUUAAUAAAUACAUUUAUAACGAAAGAUCAACAGUUUCAUGUUUUAUUCAUGAAGCACAUUAUUGACCUGUUUAGUAUAAAGACAAAGGCACAAUAUCGCUCUGCUGCCACCUGCUGGACGGAUUGAAUUCUUCAUUUUAAAGGCUUCCAGAAAAACACAUUCCAUCACUGUAGAGAUUAUUGUAGAUAAUUAAUACAGAAAGUUCACAUGAAUGGACAUUAGGGAGGAUUUUAUUUUAGUUUGUUUGUUGGCUCUGUAACUGCUGAUAUAAUCAUAUAAAUUAUACAUAACAUUUGUGAAAAAGCUUAUUUUUAACACUGUAGUAAACAUACUAAGCACUAAUGUGCACCUCUUUAAAGGAACCUGAAAUACAAACACAGGGAAUUUUAAGAAGCUCAAACAAUCACAUGGUAUGGCAUCAGGUCUCUGCUGAACUUUGUUCUCAUCAGAUUUUUCAACCUUUAAACAUGACUUUCCACUUGUUAAUAUCAUGAACAGCAGCUACACUAAUUCCAUUCCACUGCUUCUCUCUCUCUACCCAUCCCGAGGCAUCCUGAGGUUGCACCAGCUCCAGUCACGUUCCACCUCAUGAACAUUAUG